CUCGUAGUCUCAUUUUCAUUUCUUAGUGUUCGCAAUAACAAAUCAAAUCGAAAUUUGAAAAUAGUUAAAUCAGAUUUUCCCAAAGUAGUUAAUCAUAUUUUUGUACUAAACAACGUUGAAUAGCAAACAAGUUCGUUUAAGUUAACGUUAUCAACUGCAUGGGAAGGAUUAUUAUUACGUUAUUGAAAUAUUCGUUGAUUGAGCUGUAGCAUGAAAUUUUGUCUACAAAUUUCUUGUUGGUGUGGUUUUAUGGAUCAGUGAUAAAUUGCAGUCAGUGGGUGUGUUGUAAAUUGCGUCAUUAUGCUACCGGCUAAUUUACGAGAAAAACUAUUUCAGGUCCAAGAAGAAUUAGCAAGCAGUUUGAGAACUUUGGGUUUAACUGAACCAAUUUCACCUCUGGUGAUUCCAUCACGCCAUGGAAAACAUUUUGAAGGUGUACGGCUGGAUGCUGGAGCUGACCUUCUCAACCACUACCAGUUUCAGUGGUGUAGAAUGAGGGAAGCUUCUGAUAUAAAUUACCAUCUAGCAGAGCAAGCUGACAAAGCCAUUGCUUCAGUAGAAAGUUACAUCAACCGACAACAUCACUUGGUUUCUACCUUAACAACCAAUCUGAGUUCUGUAUCUUUAAUGAUGAUUCAACUUCAGAAAAUAACUGAGUCAAUGAGUGUAACAGAAGCAACUUUGAAGAAAACUGAGGAGCAUUUGGCCUUGUUAGAAGAUCUGGUCAAAGAUUCUCAGUUGGAAUCUGAAAUCAAGGAGCAUGAUAACAAAUUUGCAUUGCUGCAAGACCAAAAAUUUGCUGAGCUGGAAAGUUUAAAAAAUCACCUAGCAGCGGCACACCUCCAAAAAGUUAGAGAGUACGAGUCCAAACAAGUAUUGAAAGCCAAAGAAAGACAAGCUAUAUUUGAACAGGCUUUUGAAACAGAGAUCCAGCAGUAUAAACAAUCUGGAAUCAUUCCAAGAAUGAGUCAGUCUAAUCGACAAACAACUAGCCUUGAAGAAAUUGUUGUGGAAGAUGAUCCGUCUUCCUUGAACCAAUUUCUCGACGAGUAGAAGCUGGCAAAUAAUCAAAUACGUUUACUAAUAUAUACAUUUAAAGUAUAGUCUAUUUUUCCACGUUGUUGUGUGAGAAGAAGAAAAAAAAACAUCUUACAGGUGAAGAAUAAAAACAAACAAUCAUAAUGAAGGCAAACGAUGGAAGGGGAAGGUACUAGACACCGGAGGAUAUAGCAGGUUGUGGGUACGAUUACAAGAUGUAAAAAUGUCCCCGAUUGUUCUUUCCCCGUCCCAAAAUUAAACAUUCGAUAAUUAUUAGCGACUCCGAUAGCCAAAAAUAAAGGCGUUUGUCAAUUUUCA